CAGGAGUUAGGGCUCCUCCCCAUUUUAACAGGCCAUGAGCAUCAUCGACAUGCUCGUCCGGGUGGACGCCAUCUGCAAGAAGUUUGACAAGUAUGAUCCGUCCAAGCAGCACAAGGACCUCAUUAUCAACCCGGACGACCACUUCUUGCAGCUCUACACCACAAUGGAGGCCGAGAUCGAAGCUACCGUCAAGAAAGCGAACGAGGCCGCCGAGGAAAAGAACAGAGCCGCUGUCGCCACCAUGAAUGCAGAGAUACGACGGACCAAGGCAGCUCUGCGCGAAGAGAUCCCGAAGCUCGAGAGGCUGGCCAAGAAGAAGGUGAAAGCACUAUCUCCGGAGGAUCUUGCCGCCCGUCCAGACCUUGUUGUUGCCCUGGCAGCCAGAAUCGAUGACAUCCCCGAAGGCACCAUGAUGGGGGCCAAGAAGAAGAAGAAGAUCGACAAGUCACACAUUGAGAUCAAGAUCGACUCUGCCGCCGCUGCUUUCAGCUCCGAGAGGUACGAACACACGGCGGAGUCAGCAGCCUACCAGGAAGAGUUUCAACACAGAAAGAACAAGCAGGACCAAAACCUCGACAUCAUUUCGGAAGGCUUGUCGACGCUCAAAAACAUGGCGGAAGAUAUCAGUGAGGAGCUCGACAAGCAAGAUCCCAUGGUCGGCGAAAUGGAAGAGAAGAUUGAUAAAGCAACGGGGGACCUGACCAAGAACAAUGCGAGAAUGAAAGAGGUGGUGUCGAAGAUCCGAUCGGGAAGGAACUUCUGCAUUGACGUUAUACUGCUUUGCGUCCUCUUGGGCAUAGCUGCCUAUAUCUACAAGGUGCUCAAGAAAUGAUCAUGUUUUGGGAGGUUGGCAAUUUUUACAUUUCUAUUGGUUUGCUGGAUUGCUCACGCUCUUCAAUUUGGCCUCCACCAGUGCCAGUGUGGCGUCCAUUCGCAAGAUCCUCCUGUUCGACAUCACUUUUAUCAACAUAGUGCAGAAGAAACGCCAGGAUUUUUACUGGUGUAAAUGACUGAGCCUUGUGUCACACGCGCUCGAGACCUUGUUGAGGAGCUCCACCGUGUUGAUUAUAAAGACAUUCACCUGAUA